AUGAGGAUUCUGCUUGUAGUAGCUUUCGUGGCGGCGGUGUGUGGCGUACAAUGUGCUAGCCAGUUUUUGGGCAAACUUGAAAAGAGUAAUAGGCAGAAAAGACUCCUUUUUUAUGAUGAUCAAGGACAUUUGAUGAAAAACUUUGCAAAUACUCUUUACCAUGUUGGUCCAAAAACACAGGAAAAUUUAUUUCAAUGGAGCUUUUUAAAUACAUAUCUAAACCCUAUUUUUCCAAAUUUAGGACGGACUUCAAUCGCGUACAUGGUUCCAGUAUCUGACGCAGUUGUCCAACAAAUCAACAAAGAUCCUAUAUACCAGAACAAGCAUUUAUACCUAACAUAUCUAGACCCCAUAGUUGAGGCUAAUCCUCUUUGCAAUGGAAAACGAACUCAGAUUCCUUCAUCAAACUUAUGUAAUAACUACGUGAAUUGCUGGGAUGGCUGGGGCUUCGAACAGGAAUGUCCACCCGGUCUGUUGUUUUCAACUGAUGGAUUCUGCGAUUACCCUAUGAAUGUUAAUUGCCACAAUAGGAAGUUAAAGAAUCCCAAUCCGCUGUGUGACAAUGAUUUCCAAGCAACCGUGAACUCUGCUAAUUGCAACGAGUUUUUCAUAUGCGUUAACAGCAUUCCUGUGAGAUUCAAGUGCCCUGGAGAUUUAGCUUUUAGUGAAAGAUUAGGUGUAUGCGAUUUCCCUAGUAGAGUAGACUGUAACAGCACUAAUGAGGCAACACUGUCACCAUCUAAUCCUCAAAUUGUCCAACUAUCUACACAAGCAAGUCCUGUAAAUGCUCCGGUUACACCUGGACCCGUAGUACAAGGGGCUCCUAUGGUAGGAGAUAAAAAUAUGGCUAUUAAUAAAUUGGAGUAUAAUACUCAAACUUGGUCAUCUACACAUAUGGCCAUUUCUCGUCAGGACGCCAUCCGCCAACUCAAGCUUGGGUCCAUUGAUGAAGCUAGUGAGAAAAAA